UGGGACUUAAAGGGUCAUCGGGAUUCUGCAGUAGACAAUUCUGAAUCAAUGCAAUGAUGGAUCGGAACCUCUUCUCAUCGGUUGGAGUGCUUUGCUUUUUCGGGUCGCUCAUCAGUGUGUGGAGUUUGCCAGCAAAUGGGACUGAAUUUAACACAUGGAUUGACUUAAGCUCACAAGCUGUGGAAUUUGGAGAGUUUGUGAAGAUUAAUUGCAGUACAACUUGUGGAAGGCCUGAACCAUUUAUACAAUUUGAACUAAAAGAAAAACCAAAAAAUAUAAUUGGUGGUCCAACUUGGAAGGCGUUUUCUUACUCAAGUGUCCAGUUUUGGGAUAACCCCAUCAUAUGUUUGGUAACUUGUGGAUCUAACGCAUCUUUCACAUCUCUAGUUUUACCUGUGUACAAUCGUGAAUUAAACAUCACUCAACCUUCUGGAGCGCUGCAAGAGAAGAAGCAAUACAGUCUGGAGUGCACUGGCCCCAGAGUCUACCCUAAAGACAGACUGAUCCUCAAAUGGCUGAAAGGGGACGAGAUUCUUCAUACAGCAUUCACAAACGUUCCUGGUAUGCCAGACGAGGAUAAUAGAUUGAGGAACGUUCUCAAUAUCACUGCAAAUAAAUCAGACGAUGGCCAGAACUACACCUGCGUUGCAGAAAUAAUCCUGGAGUCUAAUAACACCAUGCAGAUACAAACCUCCUCAGUAACACUGCAGGUCAACUAUGCUCCAACAGUAGGUAUCAAUAAAGCAAGCGAAGACUGGGUUGAAGGGAAACCACAGACUGUAAGUUGUGAUGUGACAGGAAGCCCAGCUCCCCGGCUAACCUGGACCAAAGAUGGGAAACCUCUGAGCCGGGAAAGGACGCUUCAUAUCCAGUCAGUCCACAUGGAUGAUGCUGGUCUGUACACCUGCACGGCCACCAAUAAAUAUGGAUCCACAAACUAUUCUCUGAAUGUAACCAUCAUGUAUGCUCCAACAGUAGAUAUCAAUAAAGCAAGCGAAGACUGGGUUGAAGGGAAACCACAGACUGUAAGUUGUGAUGUGACAGGAAGCCCAGCUCCCCGGCUAACCUGGACCAAAGAUGGGAAACAUCUGAGCCGGGAAAAGACGCUUCAUAUCCAGUCAGUCCACAUGGAUGAUGCUGGUCUGUACACCUGCACGGCCACCAAUAAAUAUGGAUCCACAAACUCUUCUCUGAAUGUAACCAUCAUGUAUGCUCCAACAGUAGGUAUCAAUAAAUCAAGCGAAGACUGGGUUGAAGGGAAACCACAGACUGUAAGUUGUGAUGUGACAGGAAGCCCAGCUCCCCGGCUAACCUGGACCAAAGAUGGGAAACCUCUGAGCCGGGAAAAGACGCUUCAUAUCCAGUCAGUCCACAUGGAUGAUGCUGGUCUGUACACCUGCACGGCCACCAAUAAAUAUGGAUCCACAAACUAUUCUCUGAAUGUAACCAUCAUGUAUGCUCCAACAGUAGAUAUCAAUAAAGCAAGCGAAGACUGGGUUGAAGGGAAACCACAGACUGUAAGUUGUGAUGUGACAGGAAGCCCAGCUCCCCGGCUAACCUGGACCAAAGAUGGGAAACCUCUGAGCCGGGAAAAGACGCUUCAUAUCCAGUCAGUCCACAUGGAUGAUGCUGGUCUGUACACCUGCACGGCCACCAAUAAAUAUGGAUCCACAAACUUUUCUCUGAAUGUAACCAUCAUGUAUGCUCCAACAGUAGGUAUCAAUAAAGCAAGCGAAGACUGGGUUGAAGGGAAACCACAGACUGUAAGUUGUGAUGUGACAGGAAGCCCAGCUCCCCGGCUAACCUGGACCAAAGAUGGGAAACCUCUGAGCCGGGAAAAGACGCUUCAUAUCCAGUCAGUCCACAUGGAUGAUGCUGGUCUGUACACCUGCACGGCCACCAAUAAAUAUGGAUCCACAAACUCUUCUCUGAAUGUAACCAUCAUGUAUGCUCCAACAGUAGAUAUCAAUAAAGCAAGCGAAGACUGGGUUGAAGGGAAACCACAGACUGUAAGUUGUGAUGUGACAGGAAGCCCAGCUCCCCGGCUAACCUGGACCAAAGAUGGGAAACCUCUGAGCCGGGAAAGGACGCUUCAUAUCCAGUCAGUCCACAUGGAUGAUGCUGGUCUGUACACCUGCACGGCCACCAAUAAAUAUGGAUCCACAAACUAUUCUCUGAAUGUAACCAUCAUGUAUGCUCCAACAGUAGAUAUCAAUAAAGCAAGCGAAGACUGGGUUGAAGGGAAACCACAGACUGUAAGUUGUGAUGUGACAGGAAGCCCAGCUCCCCGGCUAACCUGGAACAAAGAUGGGAAACCUCUGAGCCGGGAAAAGACGCUUCAUAUCCAGUCAGUCCACAUGGAUGAUGCUGGUCUGUACACCUGCACGGCCACCAAUGAAUAUGGAUCCACAAACUAUUCUCUGAAUGUAACCAUCAUGUAUGCUCCAACAGUAGAUAUCAAUAAAGCAAGCGAAGACUGGGUUGAAGGGAAACCACAGACUGUAAGUUGUGAUGUGACAGGAAGCCCAGCUCCCCGGCUAACCUGGAGCAAAGAUGGGAAACCUCUGAGCCGGGAAAAGACGCUUCAUAUCCAGUCAGUCCACAUGGAUGAUGCUGGUCUGUACACCUGCACGGCCACCAAUAAAUAUGGAUCCACAAACUAUUCUCUGAAUGUAACCAUCAUGUAUGCUCCAACAGUAGAUAUCAAUAAAGCAAGCGAAGACUGGGUUGAAGGGAAACCACAGACUGUAAGUUGUGAUGUGACAGGAAGCCCAGCUCCCCGGCUAACCUGGACCAAAGAUGGGAAACCUCUGAGCCGGGAAAGGACGCUUCAUAUCCAGUCAGUCCACAUGGAUGAUGCUGGUCUGUACACCUGCACGGCCACCAAUAAAUAUGGAUCCACAAACUAUUCUCUGAAUGUAACCAUCAUGUAUGCUCCAACAGUAGAUAUCAAUAAAGCAAGCGAAGACUGGGUUGAAGGGAAACCACAGACUGUAAGUUGUGAUGUGACAGGAAGCCCAGCUCCCCGGCUAACCUGGACCAAAGAUGGGAAACAUCUGAGCCGGGAAAGGACGCUUCAUAUCCAGUCAGUCCACAUGGAUGAUGCUGGUCUGUACACCUGCACGGCCACCAAUGAAUAUGGAUCCACAAACUAUUCUCUGAAUGUAACCAUCAUGUAUGCUCCAACAGUAGAUAUCAAUAAAGCAAGCGAAGACUGGGUUGAAGGGAAACCACAGACUGUAAGUUGUGAUGUGACAGGAAGCCCAGCUCCCCGGCUAACCUGGACCAAAGAUGGGAAACAUCUGAGCCGGGAAAGGACGCUUCAUAUCCAGUCAGUCCACAUGGAUGAUGCUGGUCUGUACACCUGCACGGCCACCAAUAAAUAUGGAUCCACAAACUAUUCUCUGAAUGUAACCAUCAUGUAUAAGCCUCGGAACACGACCAUAUCAAUCAAUAAAACCAAAAGGACACCAGAGUCUCCGAUACAAAUCAAUAAUGGUGACAACGUUACAUUAACCUGCUUCUCUGAAGCAAAUCCAUCAGCUAAUUUGAGCUGGGAAUACCCUCAUCAGAGCACAAAUGUUAAAGAAUAUCCCUCUGGAAUUCUCUUUAUUUCUUACGCAAAUUCAGGAAACAGCGGAAUUUAUAAAUGUAGAGCUAAUAAUCACCAUGGAACCGAUGUGCAGAAAGUGGAAAUCAGUGUCAACGGAAUUCAAGUAAUACAUCUUCUAGCAAUAAGCCUUUUCUUGGUAGUGGCUUUAUUGUUAUUAUUGUUAGGAAUGGUGUAUUACUUUUCCAAGAUCUACAGAACAGGAGCAUAUGAAGUGAGACCUUCAAAUCCCAAUUACAGUCUAUAUGUUAUCACUCCAUCGGUUUAAGUUACUCCAUAGCUGCAUAGAAGAGUAAUCACAACCGGAGAUUUUAUCAAUAACAGCAAAGUUAUAUACACCAGGAAGAAAAUAUGGCUUGCUGACAGUUUGGCUGCUUACAUUUUUGUGUUAAUCAUAAUCUUUGCAUUUGAUAUAAAAAUAAUAAUAAUAAUAAUAAUC